CAGGUAGCAAAAUGUUGAAUUUAAAAUGAUAAGGAAACGGGGAUUGUGUCAGUGGUGUCUUAUCGAGGAAAUUGGAAAACAAAACUCUAUCACUGUCGUCCUCGUUUUUAGCGGUGCAGAUGCGAAUUAGAGAAAAUCACAGCUAAAGACUUGUGUUAAUACCUAAGAGGAAGAAGAAGAAGAAGAAUUAAGAAGGGAAGUAUAAGGAAGGGAAAUAUAUGGAAAUGAAUGAAUCAGCGAGCAAUGGAACUCAUGCAAACGACGACCUUGACAACCAAUCUGUAAUGACAGUAGUUUUUAUCGGUUUGUCGGUGCUUGGUGUCUUAAUCUUUGCUGCAAACGGGCUUGUUUUUCUACUCGUAUAUAAAGAACGAUCGCUACUUAGAAAAACCAAYUACUUUCUAAUAAGUCUUGCUGUCUCGGACAUCCUCUCRGGUUUGRUAGGAAUUCCWCUUGUGCUSGUCACAAAUUCAUUCGGCAGAUCAGUUGACGAGAUUCKUAAAGCCAUGGACAUCUCCAACAAGUUUUUAGCGUUCUCAACGAUUUUACACUUACUGACAGCAACAAUUGAGCGAUACAUCAARGUAUUGGCUCCUCUUCAYUACAGGAGACUGGUGACAAGGCAGCGCGUWCUUCUCGUUUUGGCGGGAAUUUGGAUGCUAUCCUUGACGACGCCACUGAUUGAGCUGACUUGGGAUUUUCGUAKMGAAAUCUCGAGAAUCUACUCGUUGACUUUGCUGUUCUGUUUCGUCGUCGUYCCUCUYCUUAUCAUGGUKUUUAUGACAAUUCAUAUUUUCUAUCUUAUAAGGCAACAGAAGAAGCGGUUGAGAACUCUGUCAAAYAGAACKRCUGCGCACAGACAACGUAAAYGUAAGCAAGCACAAAGACGUGCGACGRUUGUGUAUUCAUUCAUGUCGUUUAGUUUCGCCGUAAAUUGGUUCCCGUACUUCUUUUUCGCUCAUGCUGAUGACGUUGGAAGCGACCUGGACCCUCCUAUGUGGACACAUAUCGUAUUCAUGUUUAUGAAGUUCAGUUCGGGUUUAAUCGACCCUCUYCUUUAUACCUUCUUUAAGACUGACUUCCAGGCGGCUUUGAAGUCAUUGAUAAUAACUCAACCAAGGUACAAUGAAGCGACAGUACCCAUGACCUUGCUGCAGUCAACUCAGCGMGACCCAUCGGCGAGAAGCAGCUCGGAUGAUUAAGCGGAGGAGAUUACAGUACUCUGGGAUCCCACUCUAGAUCUCAUUCUCAAUCCCUAUCUGUCCUCUGAUACACAGGAAUCCCAACUUCGAGGCGUUUCGGGAAAGGUACUUUACUGUGCCUGAAUACUAUAUUAACUUGGGAAUUUUUGUUAUUAUACCAUUUAUCUAUUUUGAUAUGAGCGAAUAUGUAGUAUGUGCAUGUGCAUGAGUUUGUGGUUCGGAUAUUGUAAUUACCUUUAAAUGCUUACGAGUCUUUUUUUUUUUCAGAGUCUUUUUUUUCUAAUGUUUUUUUUUAGAACGUUAUUUCCCUUGUAUUUUAAAAAAUCACUUUUUGGUUUUAUACCUGUCAAAGAAAAGGUGUCCUUUUCCGUGGCACUUUACGCGACCGGCGGAAGCGACCGUAUCGAGGGUGUUCGCUGGCAUGCUUCCCCGAAACRUUUUGAAAUUCAGACACUUGGAAAAGUGAUUUACAGCGUUUUGCCAAGCAUAUUGUGACUUUUUUAUCUUACACCAUUUUAUUUUGGAUACGAAUUAAGGAAAACUCGAAAACAUUUUACCGAGUCAAGUUCCUCGCUUGCCUGAUYGUAGCURCGCUGCUYUUUGUGCCUAAAGGGCGUCGUAUAAAGCAACCAAGCCAAAAACUUAACGAAAUGAGAGAAAURUGCAGGAAAYCCACAAUAUUGUAUAUCAGAAAUGUUUUAUUCCGCAAAGCUAUCAUGACCAAAGUGAAUUCAUAUCAUACGAGUAAUCUUAUGUAAAUUGAAAUUAAAAUUUGUAAAACUUGAAUAUGUCACCUAUGCAGGUACUUCACACAAUUCAAUAAUUACUAUACUUACUAAAUUUCCAAUGAAGUCGACCGCUUAUCUAUAAUAUAAAAGCUAAUAACUGGAAAAAAAGUUUAAAAAUAAAACAAUAUUAUAAUGAUUAUUAUAAUUAAUAGAUAGAUUAAAGACAAUUAAGUAAAGAUAGCGUGCAAAGAUAAUCAAUAAAAAAAG